UCUGUCUUCACUGACUAUCGAACACUGAAACAAAGCUUGCUCGUCCUCCUUCCGCAUUUAACUCACCAUGAAGCUCGCGACUACUCUCCCUCUCACCCUCCUGUCCACAAUCUCGCUCCUCCCAUCUGCCUCGGCAUGGAAGCUCACCUGGCACGAUGAGGACGGCAAAGGGUCCGUUGAAUCCGGCAAAGGGCCUCACUCAUGCAUUGAGAUCCAGCAUGCCCAAGGGGAGAGAUACGUGUGGGAUAACCAAGGGAACGAGAACAUCGGGAUCUAUUUCUACACUUCAUCCGAUUGCUCGGGAACGGUGGCCGGUUGGUCGACCGACAAAUGGGCGAAGGAUGCUUCAAGAGACCUUCUGAGUUUUGAGGUCAAGAGCGAGGGCGCUAAAACGACGGGCACUAUGACGACUACGGGAUCGCAUACUUCUUCUGAUGAUUCUUCUGCCAGUGCCACUGUUACAACAUCGACUGGUCGGGCCUCGAAUUCGACGGAGUCUGGGUCUUCUAGUGCAGUAGGAUCGAAGACAAACCCUGAAGCGAGUGCGACGGCGUCCAGCUCGGCCGAGUCAAGUAAUACGGCAUCGGCACCAAGUUCUACUGAGACCGAGCAGUCGGGGUCGAGUACUCCUUCGCCUACUGCGUCUGCGACGGAUGGAGCAUCGACGGACGAGUCUGCUGCGUCUUCACUUUCGAAGAAUUCUGCGGUCCAGCUUAUGGCUGGGCUGACGUUUGGUCUGGCAGCAUUUGAAUGGUUAUUUUAGAGCUGCGUUGAAGGAAUUGAAUUGUGGCUCAGGGGACACGAGACACUGGAAGAUCAAAAUAAGUUGGCGAGUCGCCAUGCUGGCGUCUGUGAGAUGAUUAUGUCGGUUCCUUUUCUUCAUUUGGCUUUUAUAGUCAUGUCUCUUUGCGCUUGGCCAAUUUAAUCAAACCCCGCGAUAUUAGUUAUGAGUAUGGUGAAAGUUUAUUCUGCACAUGCAACAUGGAUUCUCACCUCAAUCGUUUGGAAAGCAUCCCUUUCGUUGAUCCUUCAAGCUGCGCCGGUCUCCGCGUGCAAUCAUCCGAUCCCGAGCCCUAAUCGCUUCGACAUCCCC